AUGGGUAAAAUGAAAAAUUUGCGCGAGAAGUACGGUGGCAAAGACAAAUUAUCGGAAGCAGCUCGAUCAAUCAGCAAAAUUUUUGACGAAGAUAGUGAAGGCGUCUCAUUCUAUGAUCUUGUUUUAUCACGAUUUCAAAAUUUCGAUGAAACUAAUCGAGUUUAUGGAAAUAGUACAUUUUCAAACGAUGUGAAUUUUAUUAUCGCAUGUUUAGCGAGUAGUCUAACAACAGAUGAAUUAUCAAGAAAAUUUUCGUCUCGUAUUGAUUCAUAUCUGUAUAUGCAUCGUCGAAUCGAAGAAUACCAAGCAGUUAUCAAGCAAAACUCUUAUAUAGGGUGGACAAGAACAUUGGACAAUAGUGUGAGACAAUUGAAAGAGGAACUACAUGAUUCAUUAUCGAAAAUAUCCAUUGACCAAAAAAGCUCACAACCAAAUCUUUUAAUACAAGACAAAGAUCAAGUAUUGAAAAUGAACAUUGUUGAACAUUUGAUGUCAAUAACAAAAAUCGAUGAACAGAAAUUACAUUUAUUCUUUGUCUUAUGCAAAUUAGCAUUACAAGCAUCACAGAUCCUGCAAGAUCAAUUAGAAUGGAAACAAAUUAUAUCAAACAUAAAAGAUUCGAAGAUUUUUAUACAAGAUUUUAUAUCUCGAUACAUGAGUUAUGAAUUCACAUUUCGAGAUUUUCCACUGGAUUUACAAGGAUUUAUGAAACUUAUUGACAAAGUUCCUGUUAAAAAACAACCAUCAGAUUCUCUCAUUCUUAUUCUUAUACGACUUUCUCGGGAGUUAAGUUUCGCUCAAGAAGAAUUUCUCGACAAAUAUUCUACUUAUUUCGAAAAAGGUGUACAACAGAAAUUUUAUUCAUUUUCGCACAUUCUACAAUUCUUCAAAAUUAUUAGUCGUCGUGAUCGUUUAUUCGACAUCUAUUUCGCAAUUUAUACUAGUAAUGUCGAUCUUGACAACGCAUGGACAAUGUUCAUUAGUAUUUGUACGCAUUGUGAACUAAAUGAUGUCAAUCAGAAGCAUCUGACUUCCAGAAUACGUACCCAUACUAUGAAUGCAUCGAUCGAAAGUUUCUUGUAUUACACACAAAGCGCUCGCCAUUGUAGGAAGGAAACUACUGCUGAAAAUCGUCCACGUUUUCUACAGAUAUACGAAAAAAUAUUCGAAACAUUUAUCGAAUAUCAGCUAAACAAUGAACGACACUCCCGCCUGUUUACUCGAGUGCGUCUCAAGGAAUUUUUAUCGAUUGGUCUCGAAAUGUCAGCAACAAAUGAUUUACACCAACCAAGUUGUUCACUCAUUGUUUAUCACUUGUUAUUUCGGAUGGAUGCUCGAUUGAAUAGGGUUCAGAAAAUUAUUGAUCUUUUUCGAAACCUAAAUGAUUUCGAUCAAGAUCUGUGUGAGAGAAAUGAUCCGGCAUCCAUCAUUAAAGACGAAUGGUUGGAAGAACUUCUUUUGCUUGUUGCCGAUGAUUUUCUGUUUAAUGUGAACUCAAAUAUUUAUCACUCAUUCUGCGAGCAUCACCACAAUAACCGAUGGGCAAUUUAUAUAUGGAAGAGAAUUAUACAUUUAAGUAUUCUUCGAUCUAAGCAGGACAAUGCAAAUGAUGUGCUGUAUAAACUAAAUGAGUGGAUGAAAGUAGUUAAACAUGAUGCUUAUGACAAAUCGGAUACAUUAACAAUCCUUUUAGUUAUUAAUUUAUUCGAAAUGCUUAUUGUUAAAUACGCCAAAUCAGUUUUAUCUCUUCCAAACAUUGAAGUCAUACUCAAUUUCGUUGAAAAUAUUCGACAAGAACAAACAUAUGAAAUCGAUGCAAAACAAGUCGAUGAAUUUAUAGCAAAUGGACAAAAAUCAAUUGAAAAAAUUUUACUUCUACGAGAGUCCUGUUCGACAUAUCGUGAUUUGCAUAAUUCUACAAUUGCGUACUUCUUCCUUUCUAAAACAGAUAUUCAGCAAAUAUUCGCUGAUAACAAUCUACAGCAAUAUGAAUUUCCUUUGUCAUCUCGAAAAACUGAACUGUUCAUUUCAUUUAUCCCCAAAGACAUCAACAUUACAUUAACUGAAUCGAAAGAAGAAUAUUUUAAAAGAUUUCUUGAACAAGUGAAUGAAUGGUUACAAUGGUUUGAUAGAUUUCUUACAAUUUCCUUAUAUAUUAUUGAAUGGCUUAAGAAUUUGAAUGUUGAUGGAGCUGCUCCAUUACUUCGAGAUAUUCAUAAUGCCAAAGAUAAUUCCUCAACAACCGUUAUCCAAAUGAAAACAAUCGUUGAACGAAUUUUAAAACUUUUUCAACCAUUUAACGAUCUUCGACGACUUUGUCAUUUAUUUAAUUGUUUAACUUCAUUUCAAAUGAUCGAUGCCGGUGAAUUAAAUACUCGUAUGGAUUCAGUAAAUUACAUUCGUGAUUUAAAACGACUACAACCUAAUAAUUCGUUUCAUAUACCUGCAAAGACGAAGAUCUCAAAGACAUUUCCUAUUCAAGAUCGUCAACAUGUUCAAUGGUCAAUAGCCAGUGAUAAAUUUCCAUGCGAUAUUCAAAUUCAAUAUAGCUUAGCAGAAGUACAAGAUGACAACGAAUUGUUAUAUACGAAGAAGAACGUCACUAUUGAAAAAUAUGUUUUACAAGGAGAAUUUGAAACACAACGAGCUGGUCAAUUGGUCAUAACAAUUGACAAUGAAAAGCUUCACAAUCCGCGAACUGUUUGGUAUCGAAUUAUUCAAACUUCACUGUCAACGUGUCAUUUAUUCAAUGGAAUAUUCAAUAUGUUUUAUGAAGCAUUUAAUAAACAUUUCAAUGGUCCGGUUAAAGAAAAAGAAAUCAGUCAAUUACUCGAUAAAGUUUUCCAAUUUAUCGAUAGUGUUCUUGAUGGAAGUGUUAGUCUGAGAGAUAUGACCGAUUUGAAAUUAGUAUUCUGUGAUAAGAAUAUUCAUAUUCGAGAAGAAGUUCAAAAACUUUUUAUGAAUCGUUCAUCGAACAAUGGUACACAUCGACAACGUUCAUCAACAGUUAUUGUAGCCAAUCCAACAGAUAAGGAAAUUGAACAAGUUUGUGAAUGGCUUCAAAUUUAUCAAUAUUAUAGUCAUAUUAAUAUUAUUCUUAAUUGUAUCGAACAAUUUGAUAUCCUAUCAGCUGAUGAUGAUGAUGAUUUUAUUAAUCAUUUAAAACGUUUGCGUGAUGAAAAUUGUUCACUGAAAGAAAUAACUCAGGCGUACAAUACCUUAAAGAAACAAUUUCAAAAUCUUCAAGGUCAACAUUUGCAACUAAUUAAAACUGCAUCUGAAUAUGAAUUAACAAAACAAGAGCAAACACAUGGAACUGUUUAUUAUUUUUCAAAUGAAUUGACAACAAGUCGAAAAGGAUUAAGAUUCUUUCAUAUUCCACCAAAGUUUCGUCAACCACACCAUACACAUUCACAAAUAACACGACUGUUUGAGCAAAAUAACUGGAUUCAACCACAAAUUCAAAUCAUCUGCGGAAUCGCUGGAAUUGGAAAAACUCAUCUGAUUAAUACAAAAUACAAAACUCCUGAAACAUCUUGUUUCAGUAUCAACGAUACAUUAAAUCUAUCCACGUUAAUCACUUCAUUUCUUUCCUAUGAUUCAAAGCUAGUAAAUACUGAUCCAUCUGUCUCAUUCAAUGUAUCCAUUCAUGCACCAUUUGAGCAAUUGAAUCGUACUCUUCUCUCCUUAUUUAUCAGCAGAACGUUAACUGAUAGUACAACAGGUUUAACAUUUUCAUUACCUAAAGAUAAACAAUGGAAAUUUUACAUUGAAAUUCCUUAUACGGAUAAGUACAAAAUGACAAUCAAAGAGAACUUUAAUCAAAUUUUACCGAUAUUGUCUAUUAUUUCUUCGUACACUUUCGAAGAAAUUACCGAAAGGAACUAUCAAUUAUUUAUUGGCGAAGAAGAAGAGCUUGUCGCACGAUUUCUAAAAGCUUACAAAAACGGAACAAUCGAUCGCGAAUUGAUCAUCACACUAACAAAUGAUGAACAACCAGUUGAUUUUGACAAAUUAACGAAUCCUGAUGAAUGUCGUACUUUGAUUCAUGAAUGUAUCAAAGAGUAUGCUCCUGAAUUGCCAAAAAACAAAAUCUCGGAACUUUCAUUUACAAAAUUUUUACACCGAAGAGUAAAAUUUUUUACUGGUUUUUACUAUCGGUUUAAUACAUCAAAAAGAAAUCUUGGUUCAACGGCUCUAAAACAAAUGAUUCAAGAAGCUCGAUCACUUUCACAAAUCGAUUUUCGUCAUACAAAUUAUCCUCGUAUUUAUCUUGUUUAUGACCCAGCCUUUUCUUUAUAUUUAUUGCAUGAUGACUGGAACAAUGUUCCAAGAGGAAUCAAACAGCUAUUUAACGAACAAAAUCCUUCGUUGAGCCCUGAAUUUCAACAGAAAGAUUACUAUGCGAAAUGCUUAUCAUGGUUGAUUGAUAUUAAAUAUGAAGAUUUCAUUCAAAUAAUGAGUGAGAUGAAAUUUAUUUUAACUGAAAACUUUGCGUAUAAAUUAUUUCAUGUUCAUGAGCGAAAGUUAACAAAAUUAUCGUUAAUUAUUGAAGGUGAUACUGGCGUUGGAAAGACGUUUCUUUUGAAAUUCUACUCGUUGUUGUUAAAUGCAAAAAUACUCAAUGCUCCAGUAAACGAUGAUGUUGCACCAAGAAUACGUGAAAGACUUAGUUUAUGGUUUGUAACAACAGUCUUGUCAGAAAUAUUCGAAAAGGAGGUGAAUUUGAUGAAUUCAUUUCUAGAAAAAAUUAAACCGAAACUGAUGGGCACCGAUGAUGAUGAAACUGUUGAUGAUAAUGAUGAAGAAGAUCAGCUGGCGAACAUGUACCGUCAUCGUCUUCAACUAGUUGAUGACGAACAAGAGGAUCCAUUUAAUCAGAAUCGCGCACCACAACCGAUUAUUGCUCCUUUAGCGGCUCCUCAAGCUGAACCAGCGCUUGUUCAACAAGGAGUAAUUGUUGAUCUUCCAUUAUUAGAAGAAAUAAAGAAGUCCUUACUAAAUUAUGAAUAUAACAAUGAUAUGUUACGAUAUCUGUGGAAAACACUUAUCACGAUUGCAAGUGAAAACGCUAUGAAUAUUGUACAAAGCUUAACCUCCGCUUUAUACGAAUAUGUCACUUCUCAAUUAACUUUUUUCCCCUUGAUUGAGCCAAGCUUUCGUCUUCAAACAUUACUUCAUGAAGCCCGGUCAUCAGCAGUACACGUAUCCAUCGGAAUCUUUAAUGAAUAUUUGAUGUAUAGUCAAAUUAAACCGCUUUUCUAUCGUUUAUUAUUACAUCCUGGUGUGACCGAAGAACAACUCGAACAAUUUAUGUUCCCAAUCUGUCAAUUAGCACGCGAAUUAUCCGAUAUGGAGUUCGUCGUAUUCUUUGACGAGGUCAACACAGCAUCAUGUCUUGGUCUUUUCAAAGAAAUGUUUAUUGACCGGACAUUGCACGGUAAAGAUCUGCCAGAAAAUCUCUUUUUCACCGCUGCAAUCAAUCCAUCAAUUGAACCAAGUCCUGAUUCUGGUAUUCAUCGGCGAGAUUAUCUUGUUCAUCAAUUGCCGCAAGCAUUGGAAAAUCUCAAAGUGUGUUAUGGAGCAUUGGAACAAACAUCGUUGAGAAGUUAUAUUAAGAAAAAGAUUCAAAUACUUCACGGAAAUACCAACGUGAAUCAAAGAUUGGAAAUGCCUUUAGAAGAAUAUGCGCAAGAAAUGUUAUCGGAAUCAAUUUUGAAUGCACAAGCAUUUUGCGAAGAAUAUUUAGGAAAAAAUUCGGUUUCUCAGCGAGAAAUUCAACGCUGUUUCAAUCUGAUCGAUUUCUUUUGGAAGAUUCGAUUUGAUGACGAAGUGGAUAUAGCUGGUGACAUGUAUCAACCAAAUCCUAUUCGAUGUAUUGCAUUGGCAUUAGCUUUAAUUUAUUAUUUUCGUCUUCCAACCAUCGAAGAUAAUGAACAACGGAAAAAUUACGAGACACCACCACGAGAACAACUUGCUGAAAUUCUUUCUCGUACAAUACCUGAUUUUGUUGAUGUUAUUAAAUCUGAACUACAUAAAUUCGUUAAUACCGACAAUUUCGUCAUUCCACAUGGUGUUGCUAUCAAUCAAGCUGUUCGUGAACAUAUAUUCUCAAUUGUCGUUAGUGUUGUUACUCGAACACCAUUGUGCAUUAUUGGUGCACCCGGUCAAUCGAAAACUCUGUCAUUUCAAAUUGUUUUGCAAAACCUCCAAGGUUCACAACUAUCAGUGAAACCAUUUUGUAAGCGUUUACCAGCUAUUGACCCUUUCUUUUGCCUCGGAUCGAAAUAUAGUCGUUCGGAAGAUAUUGCCUACAUAUUCGAACGAGCCAUCAAACGUGAACAACAUUAUGAACAAAAUCGAAUGAACACACGAUGCGUCGUAUUUCUCGAUGAAGCUUCAUUGCCGGAUGAGAAGAAAAUGGUCUUGAAAGUUUUGCAUCCUUAUCUCGAUGAAUGUAAAGUCGCCUUUGUUGCUGUUGCAAAUCGAGCUUUUGAUGCAGCGAAUGCAAAUCGAAUGAUUUGUGUUUAUCGUUCAUUACCAUCAAAAGACGAUCAGAAGAUUUUAGCAUACGGUUGUCUUGGUCUUCAAACUGAUCAUAAUCAACCCGUUGCAGAUGAUUAUCUUCAAAAGAUUAUUUAUGGUCUUUGUCAAGGAUAUCGACGAGUGUUGAUCGCACCAGAUAUUCCUCAUAUUUAUCACGAUCGUGAUUUUAUUUAUAUGCUACGUGAAUUACGAUUUGAAUUAACACCAACAACAAAUGAUGUCGAUCAGGAAAUUCGUUUUGCAGGAAUAACACCAGUGAGUCUUUUACGAGCAUUGGAAGAUAAUUUUAAUGGAAUAUCACAAACUGAAUUCGAAAGAUUGGUUGAGAUCUUUUUUAAAGCUGUUCAAGAACAAUAUCCUAAUUUUAAAAUACCUAUACAUCGUCGUAAUGUUCCAAGAAUCUUAGGUGAAUCCAUGAAACUUGACUCUGUUCGACGUCGUCUUUAUGGACGAUACAAAUUGAUCAUUGAUGAAUCAGAAGAUGAAAGUGCUGUUCGUUUACUUUCCCAAAGCGGAAUUCUUAAUCUCGAUCCUAAUCGAACAACUGUCUUUCGUAUGUCCGACUUUCCUGAUGACAUAGAUAAUGAACUACGAAAUGUGGAAAUCUUAUCAACUAUUAAAUUGUGUAUGGAGACAGGAAAAACGAUACUGAUGGUCAAUACAGGACGAAUUCAUGGAUCCUUGUAUGAUGUUUUCAAUCAAAAUUUUUCGAUUAUGGCAACCGGUGAUAUGAGAAAAAUCUUUUCGAAAGUGGCCAUUGGUCCGAAAACGAUUGAUGUGGUUGUUCAUGAAGAUUUUCAGUGUAUUGUUCAUAUUAAACGAAGCGAAUUCAAAGAAAUCCCAGCACCGUUUCUAAGUCGUUUUCAAAAAUAUUCGUUAAGUGUUCGUGAUUUCUAUCAAAUCCAAUUCGAUCAACUCUCGAUCAAUGAUCGAACAAUAAUGAAAAACAUUGAAGAAAAACUUCAAACAUUUAUUCAACAUUUCGGUAAUCAAUAUUUCUAUGACCUGCUGUAUUUGUGUAUAUACUAUUUAGGAUUUACCACAUCAGUGGCUCCAUCCAGCGUAAUUAUUGCAUACAAUGGUCUAUUUGAAUUCUUUCUGAAUUCACAAAAAUAUGGUCCUGAUUUUAAUGCAAUCGAACUAAUCUGGAACAUUAUCAAACAACAAGUUAAGAAGAAAAAUCCAAAAUCACAAAAUGAAUGGGAGAAUACUGUUGAUCAAGCUAUUUACAGUUUAUCAUUAAAUGUUGUUCAAUCUUGUAUUAAAAAGACUCAAAAGAUAUAUCAACAGUUUGUAUCUUCGUAUUAG